AGGAGUGAGUGUGAGUUGUUUCAAUUCAGACCCAUGUUGGAGAAAAGCGUAGAGAGAAAAAAAAAGAAAAGAGCCUUGUUUCCUUUUUUGGUGAGCAGGAAAUUGAUACUUUAGAGCAGCGAGGGAGAGAGUGGGGGAGACGAGAGAGAGAGAAUUUCUCCCUCCGACUGAACAAAGGACCAGUAAGUAGAAGCAGAAGAAAGGAGGAGAGUCCAACACCGUCCAGCGUAGAAAGAGUUUGAGUGGGUCAGAAAAGGAAGGAGAAAGAAAGAGAGGAGAGAGAGAAAGAGAGAGAGAAAAGAAAGAGAGUGUGUGAGUAGGGUCCCGCCCCAUUCCGUUGUUUAUCAUGAGUGAGUGAGUGAGUGAGUUUGAGUGCAUGCCAAGUCCACCUCUACAGCCCAGCAUGAGAGAAGGACAGUAGUAGAGGGAGAGAGAAAGAGAGAGGGACAUUGAAGAGAGUGUGUGAGAAGAGAAGAGAGAGAGAGAGAGAGAGAGAGAGAGAGAGGGAGAGAGAGAAUGAGAGAGGAGGGCACGGAGCAGGAGAGGAGGAAGCGCUGGUGAUUUGCCUCAGAGGACCGGCGGAAGAUCAGCAGAGGGCACACCGUGCUGCCCAGGGGAGAGUGGACACGAGGAUGCAGUGAGUAAAUGAGUGCAAAGUGCAGCCAUGUCGUUCUUUGGCCUGGAUUGUGUGAGGAAGAGAGAAAGAGAGGAGGAAAGAAGAUUGAAAGCCAACGACAGAGAUUACAACCUGUCCUUUAAGUAUGCGACCAAUGCCAUCAAGACCUCAAAGUAUAACGCCAUCACCUUUCUGCCUCUCAACCUCUUUGAGCAGUUCCAAAGGAUAGCCAACGCCUACUUUCUGUUCUUACUCGUUCUACAGGUGAUUCCUGCCAUCUCGUCACUAUCAUGGUUCACCACCGUGGUGCCCCUGAUCCUAGUGCUGUUUGUGACAGCAGCCAAAGAUGCUAUAGAUGACAUUAAUCGCCACAGAAGUGACAAGAAAGUGAACAACCGUAAAGUCCAAGUUCUCAUCAAUGGAGAACUCCGUAGUGAAAAAUGGUUGGAUGUGCAAGUGGGAGACAUUAUCAAACUAGAAAACAACCAGUUUGUGACGGCAGACCUGCUCCUUCUGUCAAGUAGUGAGCCUCUCAACCUGGUCUACAUAGAGACUGCAGAACUAGAUGGCGAGACUAAUCUUAAGGUGAAGCAAGCUCUCACAGUCACAGGGGACAUGGGAGACAGCGUGACAGCCCUGGCUGCCUUCAAUGGUGAAGUGCGCUGUGAGCCUCCCAACAACCGACUGGACCGCUUCACGGGGACUCUGAGCUUUGCAGGGCAGAAGUAUCCUCUGGACAACGAGAAGGUCCUGCUGAGGGGAUGCACUCUCAGGAACACUGAGUGGUGCUUUGGCCUGGUCAUCUUCGGAGGCCAAGAGACCAAGCUGAUGCAGAACUGUGGGAAAACCACGUUCAAGAGGACCAGUAUUGACCGGCUCAUGAACCAACUGGUGCUCUGUAUCUUUGGCUUCCUAGCCAUCAUGUGCGCCAUCCUUGCCAUUGGUAACUACAUCUGGGAGCUAGAGGAGGGGUCAAAGUUCACAGUGUUCCUGCCCAGAGAGGAGGGAGUGGACGCAGCCUUCUCAUCCUUCCUCACAUUCUGGUCCUACGUCAUCAUCCUCAACACGGUGGUGCCCAUAUCCCUCUACGUCAGCGUUGAGAUCAUUCGCCUGGGCAACAGCUUCUUCAUCGAGUGGGACCGUAAGAUGUACUACGAGCGCAGUGACACUCCGGCAGAGGCGCGCACCACCACUCUGAACGAGGAGCUGGGCCAGAUCAAAUACAUCUUCUCCGACAAGACCGGCACCCUCACCCAGAACAUCAUGACCUUCAACAAGUGCUCCAUCAACGCCAAAUCUUAUGGUGAUGUUAUAGACUACUCUGGACAGAGACUGGAAAUCACUGAGGAUAUGGAGUCGGUGGACUUCUCGUUUAACCCGCUGGCUGACCCAAAGUUCCAGUUCUAUGACCACAGCCUGGUGGAGGCGGUGAAGCUGGAGAACACUGAAGUCCACGCCUUCUUCCGCCUGCUCGCUCUAUGCCACACCGUCAUGGCCGAGGAGAAGAAUGAGGGAGAUCUGCACUAUCAGGCUCAGUCACCAGAUGAGGGCGCUCUCGUCACUGCUGCCCGAAACUUUGGCUUUGUGUUCCGUUCUCGAACACCGGAGUCUGUGACCAUCGUAGAAAUGGGCACACAGAGGGUCUACGAGCUGCUGGCCAUUCUGGACUUCAACAAUGUGCGCAAACGAAUGUCUGUCAUUGUGAGAAGUCCUGAGGGGAAGCUGUGUCUCUACUGUAAGGGUGCUGACACCAUCAUCUAUGAGAGGCUCCAUCAGUCCUGCAGCAAGCUAAUGGACGUCACCACAGAGCACCUGAACGAGUUUGCAGGGGAUGGGUUGAGAACUCUAGCUUUGGCAUACAAGGACUUGGAUGAGGCUUAUUUUAAAGAAUGGAAACAGCGCCAUCAUGAGGCAAGCACUGCACUGGAGGACCGUGAGGAGAAACUGGACAAGCUGUCUGAGGAGAUAGAGAAAGACCUGAUGCUUUUAGGGGCAACUGCCAUUGAGGAUAAGCUGCAGGAUGGAGUGGCCCACACAAUAGAACAGCUGGCAAAAGCAGACAUUAAGAUCUGGGUCCUGACUGGCGACAAACAAGAGACGGCGGAGAACAUUGGCUACUCGUGUAACAUGCUGCGGGAGGAGAUGAAUGAGGUCUUUAUCGUGGCAGCGCACUCUCCAGAGGCCGUGCGAGAGGAGCUCAGGAAAGCAAGAACCACCAUGAAGCCCGGUGCAGAAGAUACGUUUGUCUCAAAAACAAUUCUGGGAAACACACCUAAGAUCGUCGCCGACGAAACCGUCAGUGGAGAAUAUGGGCUUGUCAUCAAUGGGCAUAGUCUGGCGUAUGCCCUUGAGCCCAGCAUGGAGGUGGAGUUCCUGCGAACCGCAUGCAUGUGCAAGACCAUCAUCUGCUGUCGAGUCACCCCCCUGCAGAAGGCUCAGGUGGUGGAGCUGGUCAAGAGAUACAAAAGGGCAGUGACCUUGGCUAUUGGAGAUGGGGCCAACGACGUCAGUAUGAUUAAGGCUGCCCACAUUGGCGUGGGCAUCAGUGGUCAGGAGGGCAUGCAGGCGGUGCUGGCGUCAGACUACUCCUUCGCCCAAUUCCGCUUCCUGCAGCGCCUCCUGCUGGUCCACGGCCGCUGGUCCUACCUGCGCAUGUGCAAGUUCCUGCGCUACUUCUUCUACAAGAACUUCACCUUCACCCUCGUCCACUUCUGGUACGCCUUCUUCUGCGGGUUCUCUGCCCAGACAGUCUAUAAUGAAUGGUUCAUCACUCUCUUUAACCUGGUGUACACUGCCCUGCCAGUCUUGGGUAUGAGUCUGUUUGACCAGGACGUGAGUGACAGCUGGAGCUUUGAGUACCCCCAGCUGUAUGUGCCGGGCCAGCUGAACCUGUACUUCAGCAAGACGGCCUUCGCCAAGUGCGUGCUGCACAGCUGCUACUGCUCACUAGUGCUCUUCUUCAUCCCCUACGGUGCCAUGUACGACACCGUCAGGGAUGACGGGAGGGACGUGGCCGACUACCAGUCCUUUGCUGUGCUGGCGCAGACGUGUCUGCUCAUAGCAGUGUGCAUACAGCUGGGAUUGGACAUGUCUUACUGGACAGUGGUGAACCAUGUGUUUGUCUGGGGCAGUUUAACCAUGUACUUUGUGGUCACCUUUACCAUGUACAGCAAUGGCAUGUACCUCGUCUUCACAGCGUCCUUCCCUUUUAUUGGUUCUGCCAGGAACUCGUUACAGCAGCUGAACGUGUGGCUGACUAUCCUGCUGACGUCUAUCCUGUGUGUUCUGCCUGUGCUGACCUAUCGGUUCCUGCUCAUCCAGCUACAGCCCACCAUCAAUGACCGGGUGCGGCUGAAAGUCCUACAGGCCAAAGCAGCUCCACCGCCUCCACGGAGGCGCACCCGCAUACGGCGCACCAGCACCCGCCGCUCCGGCUACGCCUUCUCGCACGUGCAGGGUUAUGGCGACCUGGUGACAUCACGACGCUACCUGCACCGGCCCGCCAAGCCCCGUUCCAGCGGCUUCACCCCGACCGGUCGCUCGCUGGUCUUCAACCCCACGGGCCGUUCGGCCGGCUACAGCCCGACCGGACACAACCAGAGCCCCAAGCAGGAAGUGGAGGCCACCUCUCUCCAGAUGUACCGCACCAGGGACAUGUCCUUCUGACACUGAGAGCACUGUGCUUGCAACCAACAACUACAGACGCUGCUUAACAAGCAGAUCCUUCUGCAGCCUCAUGCAUUCAGAUAUCUCUAUGGCAUUCAGAACACACUAUGUAUGGUGCACAUGCGCUACAGUACAAUCAGUACAUCAUUGUUGAGUGCAUUGUUGAGUGCAAAAGUGUGGACAGUGAAUGACAUAUGGAGACAAUGGGAGAAUCAUAUUGUACUGAAUAUACUACUAUGCAUUUUUAGAAUGCCACGCAUCACUAACAGGAACCAAACACUUCCUCUGUUGUGGGGAAGAAUACCAGACACAGUGCCUAGUUGGGCUGAGAAAUUAAACAUCCCACGAUGCUGUAAGACCAGUUAGCAGACAAGAGAAAAGCAUGAUCCCAGUCCGUAGCUGCACCAGACUCCUUACUUGAAUGCGGCUCACCUGCGUUUCAGGUAUCACCGGAACACUACUGUCAGUGAGGACGUAGACAUGGAGGCAUGAUGACCACUGCCAUUGUAUUUAGCAUUUGGCACAUGUUUAAAUUUCUCAGCAAAGUAGCUGUGGCCUGGAAAUAUUGACCUGCCUUCAGCUGAAAGUGAGGACAACAAACUAUUGAUAUAUAUAUAUAUAUAUAUAUAUAUAUAGAGAGAGAGAGAGAGAGAGAUAAAUCUGAUCAGGUCAUACCUUUUUAAUUCCACUUUUGUUGAGAUGGCACACUCAUACAAACCACUUACAUAAGGGUGUAGGCCUACGCCUCAAAUAAAAAUGUUUAAUGGGUGAUCAGCUGGCUUUUUUAACAAACAAACUCCAAAGAACAGACCUCAGAAUGUAAUGUUUAUUUUGAAGUGACCACACACUUCAUUUUUUACCAUAAGGGAGUUUGCUAGAACAUAUGAUGCAGUGUGGUCACAGUAUAUGUUGUUUACCACAGUGUAUUCUGAUUAUCUCUACGUUGUCUACUGGUGCUGUAUGUGGCCUGACUGGGACUAGCUGGUAGCCAGUAUGUAGGCCUAAGGUUUGGUUGGCAUAAUGAAAUACUAAGUGUUUAAAUGUCACAAACAGUAAUUUUUAUAAGACCAAAUUUAUAAGACCAAAUUUAACAUACUUCUUGGCAAAACAAGAAUUUUAUAAUAACUAAAAUCAGGCUGUAGUGGAGCCCUUUUAUGUAUCAAGCAUCUUUUAUGUAUCUUUCAUGCCAGCUUAGUACAAUGGAAAUACUGGUCAACUCAACUUCAGCAUAGAUAUUUCAUCAAGGUUUCACCAACAUGUAGCAUCUCAGCCACUAUGAUACGCAAUCCUGUUAACUAAUAAAAGGGUCAAACACACUUGCUUCUCCUCCAAACCCUAGGACAGUUUCCAUACACUAAAAGAGACCACUCUCAGCACUACAUUUCUGUCUGAGAAUGAUUCUUUCUAGUAUUGUAUAGCACCCCUAGUGUAUUGCUAGCCUCGUAAACCAUACCCUUGACUCUUCUUUGGCAAAGUGAAGCAAAGUGAAAUUGAGUGGAAGUACGUAAACGGGCGGAGCCAGGCUAGUGUAUCGCAGCCCUUGUAAGAAUUGAGUAGAAAGAGGGAUAAAAAUCAUCUCUUGGUGUCACAAUGAAAACAAUGAGGAAAGAUCCAGCCAUGAUGUUGUUAAAAAUAUUGAUUUCUUCAUGAUGUUUUAUUUCUUUUCAGAAUAAAUGAACUUCCCUUGAA